AUGAUAUAGAAACAAUAUGCUAAUAUAGAGCGUAAGCUAACUAGCAUCAGUAAAAAUCAAAAGCCAAGCGAGAAUGAAAACAAGCUAAACAGACAUGCCUUACCAGAUGAUGUGCGAUAAAUCGUCUCACCUAAGAAAGUCAUACCGAUGUCGAGAAGAGACAGUUUCACUUUGCUCAAACGAUAACUAGAAAAGUAGCCAAUAAAAACAGCGAAGACUCAGGUAUAAAGCCCAGCCUAGGGAGAAAGCGAUUUGGAAACUGGUGGUAUUGCUCUUGAUGAUACUGAUGAAUGGAUUAACAACUAUUACUCUGGCUUAAUGUUACUUGAUGAGUAGUUUUAAAACAGACUUUAAAUGGCUAAGUAAAAGGGUUUCUAACAUAGCGGAACUAUGAUGAAUAAAAGUUUACUCGGGUCACCUAGAAAAGGUUAGAACUCGACUAAGGUCACAUUUGGCGAUUCAGUUAAUGGGUCACCUCAUAAGGAUGCAGAUAGCUUUUCUUAAGCUUUUAAUUUUGAUAAGUCUAAUUACAAGGACAUCGGAGAGAAAUAUAUGCUAGACCUUAGAGAGCAGACCAGAAGAUACGAGCAUGAUUAGUUUGUCAAGAAAAUUUAAAGCACCAAUGAAAAUGGAGAGACUAAUCUAAAAGCUCUUAGCAUAAUGGAAAUGACUCCAGCAUAAAAAUAAGAAUUUCUAUUGUAAAGAAAACUUCAGCAGAAAAAAGCAUAAGAAAAUGGAAUAGAUCCCUUGAAAUCUCUAAUUUUGGAGUAAAAGGAGUCUGCAUGUAGUGCAUUUGUGCAUAGCAAUACCAGAAGAAGUAAUAAGAACUCAAAUCAUUCUUCCCCAGUAAAUAUACUAUCAGUAGCCGCAGUAUUAUCAUAACCAUAAAAAGAGAUCAAUUUAGGACUAGCGAAGGAAACUUAAGCAUACACUCAAGUUUUUAAGUAAACUUUUAGUGACUAUAGAAAGCUUAAUAAACUCUACGAGAAUGAGAAGCUGAAAGAAAAGCUUAAGGAGAGAGGAAGUCUUUAUGGAGUACCUUCCACUGUUUAUUCCUAAGAGAAGGAAAUUUAGGAACUCAUAUCAAAGAUGCCUCCAAUGAUCACUAAACCCAACAGUCUAUUAAACGGUGGAGAGAUUGAUAAGAAGUACCAGAUUUUCUAGGAAAAAACAAAGCAGAUUUAUGAAGAGGCUGAUGAAGAGCUUUACGGUGAUAAUUCAUAGAUAUACAAGAAUAAGAAUAAUAGUUUUACAGAUGGCACACUGACUAAGAAGCGCCAUGAUAAUAACCUGAAUACUUAUAACUAAGAUAGCAAUAGUGGAGAGUUACCCUAACUGAGGAAUUAGAAAUCGUCUUAAUCUCAUAACUUUCCAGGCACUUCUCCAAAUGCAACAGGUUAAAGUCAAAUUGCUCACGUCAUCAAAAUACAUUAAAAUCAUUAGCUGACUGUGGGCAAACCUAAGAAACAGCUUGCUACUAGCUUAGAUCUAAAGGAAAGAGAAUUCUUAAAGCAAUGUAUAUACGAAGAAACAUUUGGCUACAAAGACAAAAUAGAAAAGAAGUUUCAUGAUAAGUUCAACUGGUCAAUUAUGAUGGAUCCAGAUUCAACGAAAACUAAAAAUGAAAUCAUGAGAGAGAUUAAGAUUUAUCAAAUGAAGUAAAGGAACCUGCCUAACUUCAUUAGAAAAAAGAGAGAGGAAAUACUCUCAAAUGUAAAUAAUAAUGAAACUAAUUAUUUGUAGAGAUCAAUGUCGACUGAUGUAAAAUUGGAAUAAAACGGAUCAUCGUUUUUACAAGACAUAAAGCAGCCUAAUGGAACUAAACUUUCUUAGAAAUAUAAUCAAAUUUAACAAUAAAAUGAGAUUGAUGAGUGCUAAUUGAAAGAGGAAUUCGUAGACUAUGUCAAAGAGAUACUUACUAAAACAUCAGGUGCAGCUAAUUAGACAAGUGGAAAAAAGAAACAGCAAAAAAUAACAUAAAAAUCAUUGACAGAGGACAUCGCUUAGUUCUUAAAAGAUGGCUUGGAGAAUAAAAAACAGGCACUUAAUAGUGUAACUAUCCCAGACAUCCUAAGAUCUCAAAUCAGGAAAGAUGGUCUAGUCAACAAGAGCUAUGGCGGUAGCAGUUCUAAAAAUCAAGCAGCUGUCUCUCAAUGA